ACUAUCUCCUUGGGAGGUACUUCAUCCUCAGGACUGAUCAUCAGACACUGAGAUGGAUGAGAACUCAACCGGUGCGCUCUGACACUCUGAAGCUUUGGAUCGAAGUCAUAGAGCAGUAUGACUUUGAGCCCCAGUACAUCAAGGGUGAGUACAACAACGUUGUUGAUGCGUUGUCCCGUAGGCCAGAUUUCUCUGGUGCAUUGAUCACUGAGUUUGGGCUUGCGGACAAUGUUACUCAGUCCAUGGUGGAAGCCUAUCGUGAGGAUCCGUUCAUGUUCGAGAUCAUCCGCAGACUCGAAGCGAAGGACAAAGUGACUUCUGCUGAGUUUGAGUUGGUCAACGGCUUGCUGUUCCUCGAGAAGGCUGGGAAUAAACGUUUGUGUGUCCUAAAUAGCGAGUGUUUGCGUAGUCUGUUUUUAGGAGAGUGCCAUAAUGCCACCGACCAUUUUGGGUACAAGAAGACCGCAGCCAAUCUGCUGCAGCAGUUCUGGUGGCCCACGAUGAUGCGAGAUGCCCAGCUGUACGUAGAGACUUGUCAAGUAUGUCAGAGGGACAAGCCACGUACGCAAGAUCCUCUUGGGCUCCUGAAGCCCCUUCCGAUUCCGGAAAGGCCUGGUGAGAAUUUGUCCAUGGACUUCAUGCAUACGCUGGUCACCAGCAAGAGUGGGAUGAGACACAUCUUCGUUAUCGUGGAUAGAUUUAUUAAGUAUGCUAGGUUAGUAGCAAUGCCGGAAACAGCAAGGACGGAGUAUGUGAUUAGAAUGUUCAAAGAGAACUGGGUUAGAGAAUUUGGUUUACCAAAGUCUAUUAUUAGUGACAGGGAUGUUCGAUUUACCAGCGAAUUGUGGAAGGCCGCUGCUGCAGAGCAGGGAACCCAGUUGCAGAUGACUUCUGGGAAUCACCUAGAGGCCAACGGCCAGGCCGAGCAACUGAACCGCGUUGUACAACAUCUGUUGAGGCAUUACAUCAAGCCCAGCCAGGUGGACUGGGAUGAGAAGCUUGCUCUCAUCGCCAGUUUGUACAACAAUGCGGUACACAGCGCCACCGGGGUGAGCCCGAACAGUUUGCUAUCGACUUUCAAGCCCAGACUACCCUUAGAUUUUCUCCUUCCUGAGAAUCAGUCAACUGCUGCACCAGUGCGACGUCAGCAACAAUGCCACAUCAGCAGUGCCACGUCAACAGUGCCACAUCAGCAACAGUGCCACGUCAGCAGUGCCACAUCAGAAGUGCGACGUCAGCAACUGUGCCACGUCAGCAGUGCCAUGUCAGCAGUGCCCCGCCAGAAGCGGCUCAGCCACUUGGCAACCAUCCACGGCGUCCAAGUCGCCGAUCUAUCUAAGAAGAUCUCUUGGGACGAGUUGACGAAGCUAUGGAAGAAGCGGUUCAUCGUGGACGACGCCCUAACGCUCGCCAUCAACCGCCUCUUCAGCAUGACUCAAGGCAACACACCAACACGUGACUGGCUCACAGAAUGGCAAAAGAUCGUGGCAACGCCCGAUCUCGAGUUGCCAUUUUCGCAUCUGCGCCGAGAGUUCUACAACUGGUCAUGUGCCGCCUUGAGCCUCGCACUUGGUGAUCGUGAGCAAUACACGACCUUCGCCGAAAUCAUCGACAAGGCAAGGGAGAUCAUCAAGACCAACAGGGCGGCUGCACACGAGAAGUCAGCGUGGCAGCCAACCUGUGUGGAGAAAGGAAAAUUUGGUCCGCGUCCGCAGCAUGUCGCUGCAGUCCAACCAAACAACAUUGUGGAAGAUCCGGCAGCCACCCAAGCGUCAAGUGAGGGAGAUCAGGUGGCCGCUGUCCAGUCGCGAAGCAACAACAACUCCCGAGGAAAAGGGAAGGCAAAAACCGCAUCGCCGGCCGGAAACGGACAGUCAGCACCAUGGGAUUACUUGCACAUUGCAGUACCAACUCCGUUGAUGGAUGUCGGAGUAGAGGUUGUCGACCUUCACGACUACGUUGCGAAGAUCGACCGCGAGUUCAAGACACAACGCCGGAGUUUGGACGAGCACGUGGAGCACAUGCGCACCGUUUUGGAGCGGCUACGACAAGCCAAGUACAAAGCCAACCGCGACAAAUGUGAAUUCGCGCGGCAAGAGCUGGAGUACUUGGAACAUUAUGUGACGCCGCAAGGCAUCUGUCCGCUUGCGGACAAGAUCGAGGCCAUCCGCGUAUGGCCCGAGCCCACCAACACCACCGACGUUCGCUCAUUCAUGGGAAUGAUGAUGCUGAUCAUACCAAAGAGCAGCACCAACAGCCCCUAUGAUUACAAACUGAUAUCGCCAAAGGUGCCAUUCGUAUUCGAUGACAACGCACGCCGGUCAUUCCAAGCACUCAAGACGACCAUGCUCAUGGCACCCGUCCUUAGCAUCUACGACCCUACCCUGCCAACGAGAGUGACAAUUGACGCUUCCGGCUAUGGCAUUGGGGUAGUCUUGGAACAACACGACGGCGAAGACUGGCACCCCGUGGAGUAUUUCAGCCACAAAGUGUCUCCCACCAAUUCACUUGAUGAUGCAAGGAAGAAGGAACUGCUCUCGUUCGUGAUGGCUUUCAGCGAUGGCGGCACUUCCUCCUUGGGCGUAGUAGUUUCUCUAUUGGAGCUGGAAUUACCGCGGCUGCUGGCACCAGACUUGCCCUCCAAUGGAUCCUCGUUCAAGGAGUUUACGACUGUUCUCAUUCCAAUUACCGGACUCGAAAGAGCCUAGUAUUGUUAUUUAUUGUCAYUACCUCCCUAUGUCAGGAUUGGGUAAUUUACGCGCCUGCUGCCUUCCUUGGAUGUGGUAGCCAUCUCUCAGGCUCCCUCUCCGGAAUCGAACCCUAAUUCUCCGUCACCCGUUACCACCAUGGUAGGCCUCUAUCCUACCAU